AGUUCCGACAAAUAGUUCAAUUAGUCAGAAAUACAAUUAAUUUUCAGUAUGAAAACUGUUUCUUGACAAGCUUUUUUGUUAUAUACAUAGCUCCAAAAUUCUAUUAAGAACCGAUCCCUUGUGUAGAUUUCUAUAUUCCGUAUGGACCCCUUUUUAAGCAUGGGCAACGACCUAAGCAACCUGGGUAACUUCUGUCAUAAGCCAAGCAACCUGGGUCAGUCUUGUGAUAAUAUAUCUAGAGAACAAACCAUAAAAAUGAGAUUGUCUGUGAAACGUUGUGUGUAUAUUCGUGGCCGUGUGCGUCUCCUGAAGAAGAGAAUCUCGUGCUUCCGUCCACCCCGCAUUGGCGUGCACAAGCGCAAGACCGUGCGUAGACUCAUCGUGGACGCCAACAUGUUCGUGCUGUCUAUGGUCGUGCUUAAGAAGGAUAGCACCCCACCCCUCCAGGGACCCAUGCGUUCCAGCAGUAUACGCAAGAUCUACACCUUGAGCAAGAAAAAUGUGCGUCUGGUCGUCCGUGCUGAGCUGCAGCGCAAGCACAAGAAGAAGAAGAAGAAUAGCCAGACCGUGCAACGCAAGGAGUCCAAGGCGAAGCGAGAGAAGGCCAAGCGCUGCCGUUCUGCCUCCAAUCGCGAGUCCAAGAGCUCCGUCUCCAGCGACUAGAAGUAAACACCGCAGACACGGAACCCACAUUCUUCGUUUCGGCAGAAACUGAACGUGGACCACAACCAAAUGAUCCAUGAGAGGAGAAAAGAAACUUUGUAACCAUUUUAAAUAAAUGCGAAAAAUGGUAUAGAAUGUGUUGUGUUCAAUUAUAGUGCGAUAUUGAGCGAGAAUAAGCUUUAGGAUAUCUCAUCUCCAUGUAUCGGUUGUAAAUGUUAUUUUAU